AUGGCCUUCUUGUUUUGGUGGCUGUUUUUUCCCUGCCUCGCAAGCAGCAGCAACAUUCUUCCCCUCCUCCCACCACACACCCAAGAGCUUCGUCUCAGCUACGAUGGCCACUGGAUCUCUCAGGGGGAGAAGAUGAGCAGGAAUGAUACCGUGUUGCCCCCCCAGAUCAGCACCGCCGGCCUGCCCUGUCCACACCGUUUCAUUAUCUUCUGCAUCGACAUCGACGUCGUUCUCGAGUCCAACGCCACGGUAAUUUUGCACUGGUAUCAGCCUGACAUGACUACCAACUGCUCGAAUUCGCACCUAUCACCCAAGCACGAGAUCGCUGCUGUUUCUUCUUCUAAAUCAGCGGCUUAUAUAGGCCCCCAACCCCCUGCAGGCGCGUCACAUCGCUAUGUGUUUCUCGCCUUUCAACAGCCAGAUCACUAUGUCUUCCCAGACUGCUUCGACCAUAUUUUUCCGAAAACGGUGGAGGCCCGGGCUGGGUUCGACAUCCAGCUGUUCAGUCGGGUGGCCGGUCUCCCUCCGCCUGUUGCGGGGAAUUAUAUCGUUGUUGGCAGUGACGAGUUGACGACGACCACGACAGCAACGCAAAGUGUCACUACAACUUCGAUGAGGGAUGUGAGGUGUACAGGGGUGAAUGGGGGCCAUAUUGGACAGCAGGUUAUCAUGUAG